AUGCAGGUCAGUCAAUCCGCGCCAACCCAUGGUAUCAUCUCGAAGGGAGUUCGUCCGACUGACCCUCAGCGCUUCUGAAUUCAGCAUGAAAUCCUCCUGUUGCUGUCAUCGCACCCCUCGCCGUUGUCAGCGGCGUCAGGGGUAAGGUCGAGCUCCUUGUCGUCGAGCUCGACAGCAAGCACGCUUCUGCAUCCAGGUGAACGCGCCUCGAUACAGCGCCUCACCGAGCUCGCUCAACUCCACUCCAAAGUGUCGGUCUUUUGCUUGCCGACAUUGAGCGCACACCGAUCAGAUCAGCCCGGCGAGACCCGCUCGUCAGCAACGAUCGAAGCGCUGCUCCCGACGACGGCAUUGGCGGCACUACGAUCUCUUAUAUCGACGAGGAUUCUUGGAGCGUAUUCGACCACACUACUCGCAUUGGAACAACAGAUCCUGCAAGGGCAGUUAGGAACGGCUCACGUGCCGCUCUCUCAUGUCCUCGGCGAGAUGACGGCCUGGGAACCGAUCCUGCUCGGCGUGGCCCGCCUCAUCGAUUCAUUGCUGCUCGGACCCGAAGCCUUUGACCCUGAGCAGUCGGGAACACCACCGCAAGGGCACAACACGGGAAAAGCCAAAGUGGGAUUCCGAAUGCCGACAGAAGCGACCACAUCUGGCCCUGCCGAGAAGGCUCCACAGCGAUGGACCUGUGCUCCUCUCCUCUCCCUGCUCGACCAGCAGCUAGCGACGGGGAACGAGAUGCUGCGCCGACUCUGGUCCGAUGCCAUCAAGACGAUCGAGCAAAUAUGGUUGAGCAGCUUUUGCGCUUACCUACUCUACGGUCAAGUCGACGGGGUUGAGUCCCUGCUCGUCCGACCUUCCGCUGGCCGUGGAUCCAAGAAGAUUUCUUCACAGCCCCACCGCGUAACGACGACAGCACAGCAUCACUAUCACAUCCCAGAUUCCUCCAUCCCCCAUCUCGGCCCACUUGUAAACCCUUCUAUCCGCGCCACGAUCCUCAAGUCGCUCUCGACCAUCUCGCUUGCCUUGGCCGUCCUUCACUCCAUCUCAACCUCGGACAAGGCAGAACUCUCCCGGCUGCGAUCGUCUACUCCCUCUUCGAGCAACAUGUGUACACUGAGCUCCAAACUCAAGAUCCGGAUAGAGGCAGAGUUACGUGGCUGUACCGGACCAGGGGAUGACAGCUUCGGACGACGACUCGAUUCAAUCGCCAGUGAGUACUUGAAGCGCUAGUCUUGUCGAAUCCUAGCCUUGACUCGCGAACGGACCCUCUUCUUCGCAGUCAUCCUUUCUACGCAUCUCCUCACACUACACCUCCCUCAUCAAGCUCUGCACAGACAGCUCGAUCUCCUCUCCUCGACUUAUCUCCUCCGCUGCGGAUCUUUCGCCUCGAAUCUCCUGCACGAGCUCUCAACACUCCGAGCGCGCCUGAUGCGCACGGCGGGGACGAUUGCGAACGCCCGACUGAACGAUUCGUACCUCGCCUCGGCCAUGUCCAGAGCGAGCAGUGGGACGAUCCUCGAUCCCGAUCUCGACCCUUUCGCACCAGACGAGGCGUUCGGCCGUUCUCAGCUCACCGAAACGUCGAUCAAAGUUUUCAAAUUAACGCUAGUGCCCCAAGCUCCAGAAGAGGAUGCGCUGCAGGCCGACCCAUUCACCUCUCGCUUGCUGGGCCCUCCUUUUUCGCUCGAUUAUCAGCCUAGUCCUGCGUUGGCGUUGCUGAUCGACGAGGACUGCUUGAGCGUCUACAAGAGGUGCUGGGGCCUGUUAAUUGCUGUCAAAGGAUGCCAUGCUCGGUUGCUGACCACGUGAGUCUCUUCUCCAACCUCGCCUCAAGACUGGCUGUACGAAGUACUAGUGCAGGGCGAACUGCUGAUACUACCACCUAUCCCGUCUGUAGGUGGUCCUCCCUCGCCCACUCUCAACGCUUGUCACUCAGGCGUCAGCCACCCAAACCGAUCCGACUCAAAGGAACGAAGCGGACCGAACAGCAACUUGACGACUUGCGUGCUUCUCGAAGCAUCUGGAAUCUCGUGCGGUCGAUGCUCUGGACGCUGGAAGCCGUAUCGGCGCACUUCCAAACAGACGUUAUCGAGCAAGCGUUCGGGACGUUGAUGGGGAGCCUAAAGAACGCCGAUAAUGCCAAUGCACAAUCGUCUGAUGAACCUUCAGACGACCUCGGUGAGAGUGUGGACGAGGGCGGUCAGGCUCACUCGACAUCAAAGCCCCUGCCAUCGUCAGGCGCUUCCCCACCUCGUACCCUCAAUUUCGCCGAUCUCGCGGUUCUGCACGCCCUCUACCUCAGUGCGAUCUCCACAGGUCUCUUACUCAACAGCGACCAGCUCACGGCCCAGAUUCUAGUGAUCCUCGAAGCCUGUGACGUGGUUUGUUCAACCAUCGAUCGCUGGGGAGGGGAGAUCCGGCCUGGUCGUCUGGUCGGCACGAUGAGUGAUGAGGAUGCUGCCAGAGUCGAAGGGGAGAGAAAUGACGUGAUUCAGAGAUGGUCGCAAGAAUUUGAUGAUGUCUUGGACGAGUUCUUCGAAUUGCUUUCGACGUGAGUCUGCUGGAAAACUGCGAAGAUGAUCGAUUGAUCAGCAUGCUCACGCUGUCUACCACUAUCACACAGCGUCUCAACAAAGCCUUCCAAACCCGACCUAACCUCCACCUCCUUCGUCCUUUCCUCAACCUCCCUCUUCCACCGCUCAGCCCUAUCCCUGCUGCCCGGCGCGAAAACCUCGUCUUCCUUCACCUCCGCUUCCACACGCGGUCCGAUCCAUCCUAUAAUAGCUCAAGCGCGUUCAGACGCCGAACAACAAGCCCGAGAAGGCAUUAGCAAGUUGUUAUUGAGGCUGGAUUUCGCGCAUUGGUUCAGUUCGAAAGUAGAGGAGGAGAGGGAGAGGAGAGGGGGCGGAGAGGACGGUGGUGGAGAGGGAAAGGAGAAGUUGUUGAGCGGGUUGAAAAUUUAG